GCACCUCCCUCCACGCGCCAUGGCUACGUCCACCGCCGCCACGCAGCGCCGCCAACCCGCCACACCCGAAGCCCUCGACUCGCUCAUCUCGAGCGGGUGGACCGUCGCCAACUCGACCGCAGGAGGGCAGGAGGGACAGCGACUGAGUCGAAAUUUCCGCUUCAAGGACUUCAGCGAGGCGUGGGGCUUCAUGAGUCGCGUUGCGCUCGCCGCCGAGAAGCUGAAUCAUCAUCCGGAAUGGUCGAACGUGUACAAUCGCGUCUCGGUCGCCCUCACGACGCACGACAAGGGCAAUUCGCUCACCGCUCUCGACGUCAAGCUCGCCGAGCGCAUCAACAAGAUCCUGGGCGAGACGAGCGAGUGAGGCAGGCGCGCCUGAGUGCGAUAUCGUCGCGCCCGCCGAGUGUGCGGCCGAGCCGCCGUUCCGCCUCAUGCCCGCCUCAGCCUGCCCUGAAUUUUCGUCAGAACUGCGCAG